GGCCUAGAGCGAUCCCCGAAAGGCUGUGGUGGCCCCGCGAGCCAGGGUGUCCGCGACCGGACGGCCGCCUGGCCCGCCCCUCCGCUUGUGAUGGUCAUUGUUCUCCAGAACAGGGAUGGAGGAAAUAUCGGCCCAGGAAGCAGCAGGAUCUCCAAGGGUCCAGUUUCAGCCUUUGGAGACCCACUCUGAGGGUCUGUCCCCAGAGCCUCAGUUCGUGCAGGACACCGACAUGGAACAGGGACUCACUGGGGCUCCACCUGUCCCCCAGGUGCCUGCUCUUCCCCACGAGGGAAGCCCAGGAGACCAGGCAGCUGCGCUCCUCACAGCCAGGUACCAGGAGUUUGUGACAUUCGAGGAUGUGGCUGUGCACCUUACUCGAGAGGAAUGGGGAUGCCUGGACCCUGUUCAGAGGGCUCUCUACAGAGAAGUGAUGUUAGAGAAUUAUGGGAACCUGGUCUCACUGGGCAUACUUCUCCGCCUUCCCACCACCCGGAUUCAUAGUGUGAAUUCCUGCCCGGCCCUGAGUCAUACCCAGGCAAGUGCUUUCUCUGGAGAAACUCUUGCAGUCCUUUCAGCAGGAAUCUCCAAGAGGUGGCCCAGGUAUCGGCUUCCCAUCGAUAGUGCUCGCCCCCGCUCGGAAACUCCUUUUCCACGAUUAUGAGAUAUUGCACUUGAUUGAUGGAGUAGAUGCUUCUCAGGAUGCCACCACCAUGUAAAAUUGCAGCUCCUCAGAUGACCUUUGAUAAAUUUCAAAGGGCCAAGGAAGCCCUCCGUUGCAACCAGAAUUUUGAACCCUGAAUUCUGAGUUCAAUCAGAAGCCAUGGUUGGUGGUCAUCGACUUGUGUUCUCAGAAACCACAAAGUUCGACUCCAGCUCUUCGGUUAUGAUCUUUUCAUGUUAUUUUAGACUGUGGAACAUACACUGUGUGCCCCUCCUUUUCUGUAGUGAACAUGACCUGCCCCUUCUGUUGCCUAAAUCUCCUGAGACCCCUGGGCCUUUCUAACGUUCUAGUCUUUUGCUUCCUUUAAAUCCCUGUGGCCCCCUCCAGGGUCCUGCCUUCGUCCCGUCUAUUCUUUGUGGGGCUGUACAGAUUGAUGCGUUUAUAUGACCUUUCCUGAUCAAGUGUUCCUUAGCUUUUCCUCGAUGGAGCGGAAAGGCUGUCUUUCCUUCAGGUUGUCAAA